CUCCAGAUGCCGUGCUGGCUCUAGGCCUCAGUUUCUCUGCCUGGAAAACAGACCCCACAGUGGACAAGAGGAUGACCGCUCUCUCUGUGAGCAACCAGUGCCAUCCUCAAGAUGUCCAGGCACAAAUGGUCAGAUGGGUGGCUUGAGUUUUGCUCCACACACAAAGCCUUUCUAUGCCUCAGUUUCCCCAACCUCAACGUCUCAGUCGGUAGGGCGCUUGCCUAGCAUGCACGAAGCCUGGAGUGUCAUCCCUAAAUACUUGGAGACUGAGGCAGGAGGAUCAGGAGUUCGAGGUCAUCCUUUGCUGCAAACCCGCAGCUGCCGACGCCUCCCACCCCUCCCCCUCGCCCGGCACAAAGCGACGGACGGACGCAGCGGUGACGGACGACGCCUCCCGCCCUGCGCCACCUCCAGCCGCGACCCUGCGCGAUGCUCGGGCCUCUCGCCCAAUCCCUGCCCAGCCCUGGUCCCAAGGGCAACUCGGUCCCCACGCCGGUGGUCUCGUCCUCCGGGAUCCUCCAGGGUCCGAGUCCUGCUGUCUCCACCCCGGAGCCACAGAAGGUCUGAGGUCUGCAGGACCAGCUGCAGAGCUAGGCAUGAAGGUCCUUGUUUGACACCAGCAUAUUUUGGGGGCACCAAUGGCCAAGUGGCUCCGAGACUAUCUGAACUUGGGCAGCCGGAGGCCGCCUCCGCAGCCGCCCACCCCCGACUACACGGAGAGCGACAUCCUGCGGGCCUACCGCGAACAGAAGGACCUGGACUUCGAGGACCCCUAUGAGGAUUCCAAUGGCCGCGCCGCCGAGCCAGAGGUCACCGGGUCCGGUGACCCCAAGUACAACUCUCCUAGGCACCGGCUGAUCAAGGUGGAGGCUGCAGACAUAGCCAGAGCCAAGGCUCUGCUGGGCACCCCGGGGGAAGAGCAGCCGGAAGCAGACACUGAGUACUCAGACCCUUUUGAUGCCCAGCCUCAGCCACCAGCCCCCAACAAUGGGUACAUGGAGCCCUAUGAUGCCCGGAGCGCCUCCAGUGAACAGCCAAGCAGAGCUGUCCAGCUUUACGAUACUCCAUAUGAGGAGCAGGCUACGAAACCAGAAGAUGGAGGGUCUUCGGGCCAGAGCCGGAGGCCCCUGGAGGAUGAGAGGCCAGCAGAUGAAUACGACCAGCCUUGGGAGUGGAAGAAGGAUCACAUCUCCAGGGCUUUCGCAGUGCAAUUUGAUGGUCCUGACUGGGAACGGACUCCAUGCUCCACCAAGGAGCCCUGGAGACCACAGCCUGCGGAGCGUGUGGAUACAGCCCUUGCCCUGGAGAAGCAGCCGUGGUUUCAUGGCCCCCUGAAUCGAGCAGAGGCCGAGAACCUUCUGUCCCUCUGCAAGGAAGGCAGCUACCUCGUGCGGCUCAGCGAGACCAGGGCUCAGGACUGCAUUCUGUCUCUCAGAAGCAACCAGGGUUCCAUGCAUCUGAAAUUCGCAAGGACCCGGGAGAACCAGGUGGUACUGGGACAGCACAGUGGGCCCUUCCCCAGCAUACCUGAGCUGGUCCUGCAUUACAGUGCCCGCCCACUGCCUGUGCAAGGGGCAGAGCACCUGGCCCUGCUCUAUCCUGUCACCAGCAGCCAGAGCUCUCAAGGACCCUGCACAUUGGCUGCUAAGCCAGAGAGGGGACAAGGGGACCCAUGACGCACAGACUUCCUUUAAUGCCCUCUAGUGGGUGCUCCAGAUCAUGGCCUGCGGGCAUGCUUGACAGGUGAAGAAAGGCGCUGCUGCCAGGCCUGCAGGGCUCAACCCUGGGAAUCCACACGGUGGCAGCCGAGAGCUGCAAGUCGUUCUCUGAUUUACAAACAAGUCACACACCCUAAAUUAAUAAAUAAAUGCAAUAAAAAUUAAUCUUAAACCCUU